CUUCGUUUGCCACGGUAGAUAUGCAAUUUUCUCCUCCCGACCCGGAUCCAUCGACGACAAGCCCUCACCUCCGAUUCCGCGCGGCACCGCUCCGAUGGGACGAGCCCCACGCAAGCGCCGCAGCCGCCGCCGACCGGCCGGCGGGGGAGCAGGGGGCCCCGACUACCUCUCGGGCCUCCCCGACGACGUCCUCCUCGCCAUCUUCUCCCGCCUCUCGACCCGCUACGCCGUCACGCUCUCCGUCCUCUCCCGCCGCUUCCGCAUCCUCGUCCGGGCCAAGUUCGGCCGCGUGGACUCGGCGUCCGUCGUCGACCCGACCCUGCCGCUCCCGUCGCUCGCCGCGCGGCCGUCCCUCCUCCGCCGCCUCUCCUUCAAGCCGCCCCGCGGGGUCUCCGCCGCCGCCUUCCACCGCCUCCUCGACGCUGCCGCCGACCGCGGCGUCUCCGAGCUCACCGUCCGCCUGCGUCGCAGCGGGUUCCUCCCCAAGAAUAUCCUCUCCAUCCGCACCCUCACCGUGAUCUCCCUCGACACCUGCGCGCUGCCGCGUUGGUGCCCAGCCGCGUGCCCCCAUCUCCGCACGCUCAAGCUCAUCCGCGUUGCCAUCCCCCAGCGGAUGAUCAACGUCGUCCUCGAAGCAGCGCCCGUGCUCCAGACGCUGGAGAUGGUGUACUGCGUGGGAUUCGCCGGGAGCUGCAUUAUGGAGUCGUCCGCUGUAAGGAACCUCCUGUUCAAGCCAGCUCUGGAGCAGCGCGGGGUUAGGAUGAAGAUGGUGGGGCUGAGGACGGUCGCGCUGUACACGCGACCCAAGGUGCAGGUGGUGCGGUUGGAUCCUGCACCGGAGAUCAGGAAGGCAUACCUGCACAUCGCCAGGCCGCGUAACAGACUGCAACUCAGGAUCCGGCCGUUCUUAGAUGCUGGCACAGGGUUGACAUGCCUCACGCUCAGAGGCAUUGCCAUUAAGUUGUUGUCAUCUGAAUAUAAAGAAACUCCAAAGUUGGCAGUUACAUUUGAAGACUUGAGAAUACUGUCGGUGAGCUUGGAUUUCUCAAAUGAAUCAGAACUUAUUUUCCUUCUGAAGCUGCUUGAGAGUUCUCCCAAUCUGCAACAGUUGACUCUCUCGGCUGCUGAUGCAAAAGAGGACGCUGCAUCGCCAAAUUUUGCUGAUCAUGAGGAGAGGCUUGCAGAGAUAUCAUGCCUAACCGAGAGCCUGGAACAACUCAGGUUUCUUGGAUUCAAGCCUCAACGGUACCAGAAGGAACUCCUUAUCUUUCUGCUAACCCAAGUAACGAACCUGAAGAAGAUGGGGUUGGAGUUUCCAAAAGACCAAGAAGCUGCUGUGAGGAGAAUUUUGAAAGUAAGGAGAGCCCCCGCAAAGAAGAUAACUACCAAGUACAAGAACUACUUGGAGUUAGAGUAUCCUUUGGAGCCCAACAACGCAUAGGGCUUCCAGGACACUACGUGAUUCGUACCUACAUUCUCUCCCUAGACUUUACGCUCAUAGGUUGCAAUUCUUCUACAGAAUUCACACGAUGGAAAAGUUUCAUUCAUUGGCUUCAGCGUGUAGCAAAACAUUAGAGAUGCGUUAUUGCUUUGUGCGUCAUGUAGUAUUCGAUUGUCUGGUUGCAAUGUAAUACAGGGAACUAUGAGAA